GCGUGCGAAUCAGGUGAGACCCCGACAGAGGAGCUGGCUGAGCAGUUUCCCCCCCAGCAGAUUCACCAACUCGUGAACAAACUUCUACGUCAUGUGCUGCUGCAGUCUCGCAUGAUGCAUGAAGACUUCAGGGUCUGAAGCAAGAGAUGACCCUUAGAAACGCACUUGAAAGACAGUGGCAUCAUCCUAAUGCUGUGAGCAUGAAAAACAACGGGGAGUGCAUGAAAACAAGACAAUGAAUAAUGGAAAAGCAAAUAAAGAGCAUAAGCCAGAGACUGCGUAAGCCUUUUCACGGCAGCAGCAACUCUUUCCCAGCGGACAGGACCGUUUCAUGCCAGGUGGAAGACCGACCUCUCUCUUGGACCCCAUACCGGCCUCACACUAUCCUCUGGCGGGCUCAGAAGCAGCAGUUCCUGGCAUUUGCUGGGAUGUUUGAGUCGCGUUGUUUGGUGGGGUGAAGGGACCGAGAGAGUGGCCGAAAGACCGAAGGGACGGAGGCGAGAGAGGAGCCGGGAGCAUGGCUCUGAUAGUGCUGUCUCUCUGGGUGCUAACGAGUCUCACCUGGGCGGAGGUGAUCCCGGUGCCAGCCAACAGGCACUCCGUUUACUGGAACAGCUCCAACAUACAUCUGCGUAGGGAGGGCUACACGAUGCAGGUGAACGUCAACGACUACCUGGACAUCUACUGCCCUCAUUACAACGACAGCCAGCGCAUGGUGGGCACCGGCGAGCAGUACAUCCUCUACAUGGUCAGUUACCGCGGUUACAGGAACUGCGACCCCCAGCUGGGCUUCAAGAGGUGGGAGUGCAACCGGCCCCACGCCCCCCACGCACCCAUCAAGUUCUCCGAGAAGUUCCAGCGCUACAGUGCCUUCUCGCUGGGAUACGAGUUCCACGUUGGACAGGAGUACUACUACAUCUCCACGCCCACCCACCAUCACGGCCGCAGCUGUCUGAGACUACGAGUGUACGUCUGCUGCUCCACGGCCUCUGACGUGGAUGAUGAGCCAGAGCCUACAGAACCAGACUACACGCUUAGACCAGGCCUAAAACUGGAAGAUAGUGAUGAAUAUAACCCUUUCAUUCCCAAACUGGAGAAGAGUGUCAGCGGAAGCAGCCCGUCCAGGGAUCGCCUUCUCCUCACCGUGACGAUGCUCCUUCUGGCCGCUCUCUUCAUCUCCUAGCAACGGCCAUACCCAUCAGUGUCACCAUGCCAACUAGCCUUGGGAGGGUGUACAGUAUCAGCGGGUGGGGGAGUCGAGGGAGGAGGGGGGAGUCAGGAGAGAGAGGAGAGUUAAGAUACCACAAAUAGAGCAGAAGGCGAGAGGAGCAAGAAAUUAGAGUUUUCACGCACCUGUGUGUGUGUGUGUGUGUGUGUGUGUGUGUGUGGUGUGUGUGUGUCGUGUGUGUGUGUGUGUGUGUGUGUGGUGUGUGUGUGUGUGUGUGUGUGGUGUGUGGUGUUGUGUGUGUGUGGUGUGUGUGGUGUGUUGUGUGUGUGUGUGUGUGUGUGUGUGUGUGUGUGUGUGUGUGUGUGUUCAGCUGUGUGUAUGAGGAAGUGUGUGGUUUUCGUGGAGUUGAAAGACCUUGAGGCACUCGGUGACACAAACUGAACCGUAAAGUCAGCCUGUGCAUACAGAUGCAGGUGUGAUAGACUGUGUUUGUGUGAGUGUGUGUUUGUGUGUCUGAACAAGCCACAGGUUGAGCUUGUUGAAUCAUGCACACCACACAAAGCAUUUAUACACCAGGAGAGGCCGGGCUGAAAUCCUAGUAAAAAAAAAAAGCAUCAAAUCCACCCAACCAAUUGAAAACCAUUUGAAGACUUUCCCCUGGAUGUGAUUGGCUGAAACACUUCCUUAGAGCUAGUUGCCAUAGUUUCUUGCAACAAGAAUUAAACUGAACUCAAAUGAACUGAAUCAGAUAGAUUUAAUGAAAACUGAACUGAAAUUGCCUUUUUUGUUGUUGUUGUUGAUGUUGAUGCUGGAGACUUUUCCCAGUCCACGAAAGAAAAAAGGAACCAGCUGAUGAACUGAGCAGGUCCUGUGUAGGAGACUAGUCGAAGUAGCUGAUAUUUCAUAAACACACCCUGGGACUCCAGAAGCCAGUGUUUUAGUUUUCAUCUCCGGUGUCUGCCGUGUCAUCCUGUGUUCACCAUCAGCUCGUCUCUAUGGAAGGGGCUGGACGGGGUCCUGGGGAAACACAGAGCAUUUAAACAAUGAAGCAUUCACUCAAACAAAACAAGAGGGGAUUUACUGUAGAUGUGCCAUUGACACGGGGGGUUUGUUGAUGUUAUAAGUUGCUGUGUCACUUUUCUGUCCUGUAUUUGAAGUACCGAGGUUAAGGAAGAACACGAUGGCUACAGAGCAGCCAUGGAAACAUGCAGCAAUACUGCCCUCCUCUCAACACACUGCAGGCUGUUUUGAGGAGAGCAAGAGGAACAGGGACAAAGGAGAAAGGACAGUCCCUCACACAGGCAUCUAUGAGCGGGUCCAGUCCUGGACAAUAAGCAGCCCUCCACUGAUCAAUGUGGCGCAGCAGUCCGCUCCACCAAUGCCAUCUCUGUAAACCCAUUCAUCAGAUGCCACAUGUAAACGGUUUUCUGUUACUGUUUGAUUGUUAAGUGUGCCUGAAAGAGAAAACAUAUGUCUGAGUGUGCCACAUGUGUGUUUGAGAUUGAGAGAGACUAUUUUAAAUGGUACUAACGGUCAGAAAAUACAUCCACAUUAUGUACAUCUUAUACGUAUGAAAAUGCAAAAAUUUAAAUAAAAACAAACUAAAGCAACAAGUAAUAUACAGUACAUAAAACCAAGUGCUUUGGUGGGGAGCUGCGGCGAUUCAAAACUCAAACAACUAUACCAGUCGGUUGCUUCAGAAUAGUUUCCAUAGCAACUAGCACCUUAUUCACCAUGGUUACCCCACCCUGCCAACGAUGGACUCUAGUAGGGCAUGGCUUACCAUAGUAGCUGAUAAAAACGAUGAUGAUGAUGGUGAAGAUGAUUUUAGUGUUGAUGAAGACCUUGAUGGACUGCGAGCUGACCGGCUCACCCACCGGCAUGUGAGGCGUUAAAGUACGCGUGUAAAUGUCAUAACGGACAAAGAAUGGAAUAACAAUGUCUUUACAUUUGCCAAGGUGAAAUGUAUUGUAAGCAUUUUUACAAACUUGAAGCUCAUUUUCCUUGUGGUUGUUUUUUAAAUCUUGUUUUUAAAUCUCUUAUUUUUUAAUUGCUGUGCUGAAUUUGUUGUUGUCUUGGGAUUGAGCCAUAUGUAAACCUGGGCUGCACUGUGUGAGUCUCUUUGUCAACUUUAAGGUUAAGCUAUCUUGGGUUAGUAUGAUUUCCAGAAAUAUUAAUAUUGACAAAUCAUUUAUGGCUGUGGUUCCCAUCCCUUUUUUUUUUCUAGUGACCCCUUUAAAGGACAGUUCAUCAAUCAUACACAUAAGGAUGACUUUACUCAUGUUGUAAAAUGUUUCCUGUCACACAUAGGGACAUUUUUAAAAUCUGAGAAAAAAUAGACCUACUGUUCAACCAAGAGAUGAUUAUACUUCUUGAACAAGUCAAAUUAUCCAGUCAUCUUAAUCAGAACCGGAAAAUCAUAAGAAAAAGUCCAAAAUCAUAGCAGAUAUUGUGCGGUAGAAUUUCAAUUUUUUGCUUAACGAUCCCAUGACUCGUCAGAUUUGUGUCUGGGUUAAGUCGACCAGGUUGGGAACCACUUAUAACGUUUUAUUUUCAUCAGUGUGCUAGUAGUUCUGUGUAACCUUCCCCAAUGGUUUGUGAGUUAGCUAGAUUCUUUUCUCCACAAAACUUUGGAGAGCACACAUUUUUUAAUGAAUGUAGCUCCUGUCACCCCAAACAAGAGUUUAUACCUUUGGAAAAAAACAUUGAUCAUGUAGUUUUGGAGCAUCAUUGAAAUCAAUACAUUAGUGUGUUAAAGACCCAGGUGUAUAUAUGGCUCAUGAUGGGAGGGUUGUGGGUCCUGGUGUGGAGGCAGAGGGUUACAAACUCUUCAAGAAGUUGCACUUAAGAACUUAGACACGAGAAUAAGAAAGUGUGUGUGUGUCUGUGAGAGAGAGAGAGUAAGAGCCUAUUUCUGUUCAUCACUUCAUCUCUGUGCAGAGCUUUAGCAUCAGAGGCUGUCUGUGUUAGUGUGUGCUGAUGUCAGUGUGUACAUGUGUGUGUGAGCAAAUGAAUGGGUGAGCAAUAGUCUCUUUGUUUCUGCUCUUCCUGUGUGUGUAUGAGCGAGAGUGUGUGACCGAAUGUUGUCUGGCAAAAGAAAAAAAAGCAUUUAAUAGUGUUGGAAACAACAAUUACAAUCAUGUUUACCUUUCGACUGGAAUGACUUUAAAUGAACUUGAAAAUAAAAUGUAAAAUGAACAAACCAUAACAGAGGUUAUAACAAUGAUCAUGAUAACAAAAUAAUAAGCUUACAAAUAUUACUUUUAA